AUGCAAGAGCCAAUCCCCAGCAUGAUUAACCUUCAUGAGAUUCCUCUAAACCCUGCCAUGCUCCUGUCCAGCCCUGGCACCGGAGAGGACACUGGGAAGAUCUAUUAUCACGGGGAGCCAAUCAGCGUCAAUGUUCACGUUACCAACAACACCAACAAGACGGUGAAGAAGAUGAAGAUCUCAGUGCGACAGUACGCAGAUAUCUGCCUCUUCAACACGGCUCAGUACAAAUGUCCUGUGGCCACCGAGGAGUCAGAUGACGUGGUUGCUCCCAGUUCGACUUUCUGCAAAGUCUUCACUCUCACUCCAUUCCUGGCCAACAACCGAGAGAAACGAGGCCUCGCUCUGGAUGGAAAACUGAAGCAUGAGGACACCAACCUGGCCUCCAGCACACUGUUAAGAGAAGGAGCCAAUAAGGAGAUCCUCGGCAUCAUCGUGUCGUACAAGGUCAAAGUGAAGCUGGUCGUGUCCCGAGGCGGGCUCCUGGGAGAUCUGGCGGCGAGCGACGUCUCUGUCGAGCUUCCUUUCACAUUAAUGCACCCGAAGCCGUUAGAAGAGUCCAUCUACAGAGACGGUGAGUUCAGGUUCCUGUAG